AUGGCCUCUCCUCCAGUGACUGACUGGGCUGAGGAUGAGGUGGAAGGGUUCGGAAGAAGCUAUGAGGAAAGGCGAGGUCUAUGGAUGGGCGUUGGUGCGAAGUCACGUGGCGAGACCGUUGCUGGGCGUUCGGGCGUCGCUACAGACGUUCAUCUGGCACCGGAGCGCUCGUCCCAGUCUCAUGGGGAGCACGCUUCUGUCCAUGCCGCUGAAAGCACUGAGAUCAAGCAUAGCACUGUUCGUUCCACGCUUCCAGGAUCUGCAAAAGUGGCAAGCGCACGUAAGGAUCCCGGCAGCGCGCACCAGAGGGAGGGAAGAGCUGCGUCUUCCUGCCCACAGGAGGGCAGGAAGACGCGCUCGCCUGCACGGACGGGUAUGCGGCAAGGUCUCGACGAAGCCUUUGGGCGUAUAUCCGUGCGCGCGGAAUCACUGAAUCCUCAACCCGCCGCAACAAAGAAUGAAACAACAAACGGCGCACAGCAGGGAGCGCCUCCCGAGCCUGACGUCACGGAAGUGGAUGCCUUGAAUGCCCGCAUCGUGAAGAAUGCUCGAGACGAGGCCGAAGGGACCGAGCAGCUUCUGCGUGAAGACAGGGAGCGAGAGACGCGCUCGAGGCGUUUGUUUCCCACCGAGCCUCCCUACAGAGCGUACGUUGGUCACGUACCCGCUGGGGUCCAGGAGGAUCAGAUCCGACAACUGUUCCAUGGUUGCCAAAUCAGUCGUAUCCGAUUUCUGCGUCGAGCGCCUCUGGCACCGGAAAGCGGUAGCAAGGACCCAGGUGGAAACGCAUCAGAGCUGGACUCGGGCACAAGCACGAAACACACAGUCGUCCGCGCUGCAUUUGUGGAUUUUGCAAACGCGGAAUCCCUUUCCGAUGCGCUGAAACGUCACGGCACCCUAAUCGACGAAUGUGCAGUUGUUGUGGACAUUGCGCAAUACGCCGGGAACCCAGCAACAGCGGAUGCUUCUGGCUCAACGCGCACUGCACACAGAGGGCGGCAUUCGUAUCGAACACCCUCAGCAGCGCCUUCGGAACGUGUGGACUCGCGGUUUGCAGGCCAGCACCGACGGGGAAACGCGCCCACCAUACCUUUGAAAGGCGCAGCACUUGGGCAUCAUGUGAACGGCACUGGACGCACCGGAGCCAGCGCCCAAGGAUCGCGGAGAGCUCGGGCCUCGCGUCAGGGAUGGGUGCACGUAACAGACGGUCUCCGCCCGCAGAUACUCAGAGAGCAGGACGGGAAGGCUUCUGCAGCACCUGACAAAUCCAGUGGGUCCAUAUUGGCCCGGAACGACUUUGCAGUGCUGGCCUCGCUUGAUUCGAGUUUGUCUGACGACGAUGAAUGA